AUGUCACCCAUGGCCGUUCUUCGUCUGCCGACGGAACACCCCACCGCUCUUUCUCUCCACGACUUUUACGACGCGUCGCCGGCGGCUGCUGGUGGCAUCGUGUCCACUCGGACGUGCACGAGCAGCCUUCCCUCGACAUUCUUCAACUCCGCUAUCCUCCAGUCGCACGGUUUGCGGUGCGAUCAUGCUCAUGGGUCGCACAACCUGUCGCCCGAUCUCGCGCGCUGGUAUCAAUCCUCUGCGCCGGUCGCACAGUCGUCUCCCGCGCCCCAAUAUGUCGCCAGCCAGCCAACGGGCCUGCCAACGACUCGCAACGGAGCUGAAGAUGCCUCCGCGUCCGCUGCUCCCACUCCUGCCGGGCCUCGGGAAUAUCUUCACAGGUCUCCCGCUGCGGGCAAUGCCGUCAGGGCCGUGAGACCUCCCUACCGUCCAGGAACCUCUCGCCAAGCCGCGCCACGCCACCGAGACGCGGAUCUCGCGCUUCCGGCGGCGGUGCCAGCAGCGAAGCGAGCUCGUGUGUCGGACACACGCUGCGUCGGAGUGGCAAUGGCAAUGGCGUCACAGGAGAGCACGGCGAGCCCGCUACUGGACCUACCGUCGGAUAUCCUGCGAGUCAUCAUGGAUAAAGUCGUCUCUCGCGCUCACUUUCCUGCUCAAAUCGGCAACGUCAUGCUCAGCUGUCGCGCCUUGAGAGCACUCUGCUGGUCGCAGCAGGCGCUAGCCGCGGUCAGCCCCGCCGUGCUACACAUCCGCGCGUCCCAGUGGUCUCCGCGCGCCAACCGCUUCCUCUCCGCGUGCGCCGCCGCGGGGAACGCGCCCGCUGCGUACUUCCUCGGCAUGAUCACGUUCUACAGCUUCGGGAACUACGCCGAGGGGCUGAAGCUCCUAGCAAAGGCGGCGCUUGCGGGACACGCGGCGGCCAUGUACGCGCUCUCCGUGGUUCACUUCAACGGGAGCGGCAUGGCGCAAGCGCAGCGGAACCUCCCCGUGGCGCUAGCCCUCUGCGCGCGAGCGGCAUCUCUCGGCCACACUCCUGCUAUGCGCGAACUGGGGUACUGCCUGCACGAUGGUUACGGGUUACCACGAGACGCGGCCCAAGCGCAACAGCUGCUGCUAGAGGCUGAGGCCCUUGAAACGGCGGAGAAAGCCCGUGUUGAUGGCGUCGUGCAGGGCGGCUCGAAGCCCGCAGAGGUGCGCGGUGGUGACGGCGUGGACGGCUCUCGUUUGGAGCAGGGGGUGGAAGGCAGGGAGGAGCAGGGGGAGGAAGACAGGGAGGAGCAGGAGGAAGAGGGCAGUGCGGCGCAGGAGGAGGCGGAUAUGAUUUUUGCACGUGAGAUUCUUCAAUCGGGAGAAUUGCAGAGCGUGCUUACAAAGGCCGAAGGGUGUGGUGACGUUGCUCCUGCCGAGUCAUCCCAAGAAUCUGCAGCAGCAGAAGCAGCACCAGCAGGAGCAGCAGCAACAGAAGCAGAAGCAGGUGCUGGCGCAGAUGCUGAAGCAGCAUCCGUCGACCCUGCUGCUCGUGUGUCUGCUCCUUCCACGGAUGCCACCACCACUGACAACAUCACAGACAUGCAUAGCCUAGACAGUAAGGAGUGGGAACCUAGCUCUCCCUCUCUCGCCGAACUAAUGGAGCUGCAAGAAGACGAGAGUUGCCGUCCCACAGAUCCCGCCCACUUUUUCCUGCUGGAAUGGCAGAAGCUUAAUGGCAUAGUUUCUAACACCCAUAGCAUCCACAUACCAGCCCUUCCCUCCCAUGGUGUGGCAGCUGCAUUUGACCUUUCUCCCACGGCCCCUGCUGCCCCGGCUGCUACCGGUACAUCCCCUGUGCUGCACGCCUGCUCCAACCCGCAGUGUGGGCGGCAGGAGACGAGGGAGCAUGAGUUCCGGUGUUGUGCUGCGUGCACGGAGGCCAAGUACUGCUCCAGGGCAUGCCAAGCUGCUGACUGGGUUGGGGGUCAUCGUGUCGCGUGCACUAUGCUAGGUGCUGCUCUUGCAGCUAUGACGCAAGGAGCUAGGUUCUAG